GCAUCCCGUUCUUCCCCAACCCGCAGUUGAAGCCAACCCUGCCCCAUCGCCCCCGAGCAUGCCAUCCACGGUAUGCGGCGUGGCGCCCGAGACGUGAGAGCAUCAUACCCGAUGCCUGCUAUCUGUGGUAAUGCCGCUAGAGGUUGCCUGUCUGUCCUUGUUCCUAGAGGGAAGCCGAGAAGGGGGAACGCAGCCGUAAAUGUCUCUCGAAUUCCCCACUAUCUACCUACUGCCUACGCACAUCGAGCCGGAUAAGCUGCCGGAGCUCGAGAGCAAAAUCCCUACGUUGACGUACGAUAUUAACGAGGCGGCAAUAAUCCUUGGCAAUAUAUCACACAAGGAAAGGGCCAAGUUUGAGCUAAGGCGCAAGAAGAUUCUAUUCGAGGACAUCGAUCCGCCGUCCCCCCCCCUACCCUACCCGGAGGCCCAGACCCAGAAUACUGGACUCAAAGACGCACCAUCUGGAGAUGGCAGUCCAGGCGAACCAGUCGCCAGCUGCGGCAGACCAGACACGGGCGAUGAGUCGAUAAUUAAGGUGGUCAAGCUCGCCUGGUUCGUUGACUGCUUGGCUCAGGGCGCCGUCCUCCCCAUAGAUGAAUACCUGAUAUACCAGGGCCGCAAGGUACGGCAAAGUUCAAAGGAGGUCCGGCCGCAUCCUAGGCACGUCCCCAAACAUGCUCAACAAGAAGGCAAGGAUGAUCAACUUGUUCUAAAAGGUGCCCCAACUUCUGCGAAGCAGAAUUCGACGGUCGAGGCCCGGACGAAGCGCCCUAUCUUGCGGCGUGAGUCAACGUCCGAAUUCGAGCCUCACGCCAAUAUGCCGCCGAUUCCAGAUUAUCUUCAUACAACGUACUCAUGCCAACGUCCAACUUUCUCAAACCCGCCCAACCGUCACUUCAUCGCGGAGCUUCGCAAGAUCAGGAAACUAAAAGCUCUCAAGGGCGACGAGGUAGGAGUGAGAGCCUACUCCACGAGCAUCGCCUCCCUGGCAGCAUAUCCCUUCCUGAUUUCUCACCCAGCUGAGGUAACUAGGCUACCCGGUUGCGGUGACAAGAUUGCUACGCUCUAUCGGCAGUGGAAAGCAACCGGCUACUUUCCAGAGGUCCAGUACGCUGAGGCAGAUCCAAAGAUGUCAGUGCUGCAGCUUUUCCACGGUAUAUGGGGCGUCGCACCGGUGACCGCUCGCGAAUUUUACAACAAAGGAUGGCGGGAGCUCGACGAUAUUAUUGAAUACGGUUGGCAUGGUCUUACUCGAGUUCAGCAGAUUGGUGUUAAAUAUUACGAGGAGCUUCAGGAAAAGAUCCCCCGUCACGAGGUUCGAGACAUUGGGAAGACCAUUCUGAGUCACGCCAACAAGCUUCGCCAGGGCUUUCAAAUGGUCAUCGCCGGAGGAUAUAGGAGAGGGAAAACUGAAAACGGCGAUGUUGACGUUAUUCUCAGCCACCCAGAUGCGGCAGCUACACUCCAUUUUAUCGAAGACGUUGUUGCUAGUCUCGAGAAGGAAGGGUUUAUCACCCACACGCUCGUCAUGGCCACUGGUAACAACGAGCCGGGCCAAAUUCCGCUAUCGCGGAAACGACAAGGGCCUAAGGCAGGACUCGUGUUUGACACGCUGGACAAAGCCAUGGUGGUGUGGCAGAACCCCCAGUGGGAUCGAGGCGCAUCGCCCAGAAACUCCAAUCCUCACCGGAGGGUUGAUAUUGUCGUCACUCCGUGGGAGACGGCCGGUUGCGCCGUCGUCGGUUGGACAGGCGGCACUACGUUUGAACGCGACCUUCGGAGAUACUGCAAGCAGGAAAGGGGACUUAAAUUUGAUAGUAGCGGCGUUCGGAGCCGAGUCGAUGGGUCCUGGGUGGAUCUCGAGAGAGAUGCCGACGGCUCACCCCCGGACAUGCUCACCGCGGAGAAGAGAGUUUUCGAACGACUGGGUCUGGAGUGGCGUCCCCCAGAAGAGAGAUGUACGGAUUAAUUCGACCAUUAACCCCUGUCUAGGAACUUUGGUACCGCCGGAUCCGCUAGACAAUGCGGCAGAAGGGGUUAAACUAGUGAUUUGUUUUUGUCCUUACCGGAGAACAUGUAACCCAGGGGGGAAAUUCCGAAGGACCGCCGAGAACUCGACAGAAACAUUAUGAUAAAAAGCCUAUUUAUUUCCUGUAGCGCGCAUCUCGUAACCACACUAUUACGCCCAACGCCCUAGGCGUGGUGACGAGAGUGGCUCGUAUCACGGCCGUCUGAGAGGGCGCCAAUGGACAAGACGCUGUCCGUCUUGGAAGUGUAUACAGAUCGGGUAACCAACAUAGAACCAACGAUGUACACAUUCUUUCCGAUAUCGACGCCACAACAAGAUUUUAACUCAACCAUGCAUACCUCUCGCCCCUUUCCUAAUCGUCUUGGUCGUGAAACCCCACACGUGUAGUCGUACAUACUAUAUAUAUAUCCUCGCCUUUAUCGAGGUCGGAGCAAGAGAAAUCGGGUGGGAUGGGGGAUUGGGGGGGGGGGGGGGGAUUGUCCCGGAAGUCCCCG